UCAUAGACUCACAAAAUCUCAAGAUUCCCAACAAAAGCUUUUCGUUGAUUACGUUAACGCCCCUCAAACGGACCUAUCGAAGCAUCCGUCACCUCCCAAUGACUUCAUUUCCCAGUAUCCCACCGCACUCGCCCUUGCAAAGCUUGCUACUAGCGGUGUCACAGCAGAUACAAAACAGCAUGGAAGGUGACAGUUACUAAAGUCAUAGUUGGGGCAAUGAAACAGAAAAUAAUGUCACAGACAGUGCCUCCAGGAUCUGAAGACGUUAGCGAUACGAAAGUGUUCAACUUUCAAGAGUUUUAUAUUCAAAACGUGGACACACUACUUUGAACAUUGACGUGACAGAUCGCUAUUUAGCUAGCUUGCUAACCCUGCUAGCUAAGUUAUUUUGGUGUUCAGAAUCAGUUCGAUAGCCAUCGCUAAACUCAAGAACCGCGUAGGGUGGAGACAGGCUGCCAACUGAAUAUUUAAAGAAAACGUCUGUACAUUUAUUUAAAAAAUAAAGAAACCCGGAAGGAUCCACAGGGGUACUAGGAUAUCGACAAGACCCUUGGGCCUUGCCGUUCCUAGUUUCAGGUAGUUGGCGUUGCCGCCUCCCGGUGGCCGGUUUGUAUGAGUGUGGGCAGCGGCUGGUGAGCGUCGUAGUCCACGGGGAUGGGGAAUGGAGUCCAGCAACACCAGGCAACACCACUCACACAAGGAGAGGUGCUGCCACUGCCCUCCGACAGCCAGGCAGAGGGUCUAAAGCCCCAGACACGGUCUGUGGUUAACUCCCUCCUCUCAGGGGCCUUAGCUGGAGCCUUGGCCAAAACCGCUGUGGCCCCACUGGAUAGAACCAAGAUCAUCUUCCAAGUGUCCUCAGCAAGAUUCUCUGCCAAGGAGGCAUAUAGGUUGAUCUAUCGGACCUACCUGAAGGAUGGCUUCCUCAGCCUGUGGAGGGGCAACUCUGCCACCAUGGUACGGGUCAUCCCCUACGCUGCCAUCCAGUUCUGUGCUCACGAGCAGUACAAGAGACUACUGGGAGGAUACUUCGGCUUCCAGGGCAAAGCCCUGCCGCCGGUGCCAAGGUUACUGGCUGGUUCUAUGGCCGGUACCACAGCUGCGAUGCUCACCUACCCUCUGGACAUGGUGCGAGCCAGGAUGGCUGUCACGCCCAAGGAGAUGUAAGACAACUACCCCUACCUCUG